UGUUUUUUUAUAAUCCCUCUCUUCCAUUGUUUAAGUCUGUGCCUGACAUUUGAGAUCAAACAAUGCUAGUGCUGGUGUGGCGGGAAUUCGGCAGACAAAAUGAAUUUCCAAGAACUAAUGAGUAAAGCAAGUGAAAACAAUAUCAGUGCUUCAAAACAGUUAACGAAAUCAGGACAUAAGCAUAAAGACUCAGCACCUGGAGUUUGCAAUUCUGCAGUGAAAGCAUUUCUAGAAAGAAAAGAGCAAGAACAGAAGAAAAAGCAAGCUGAUGAGGAAGCUGCAAAACGAGCCAGAAUUCAAGCACGACUACUUCAAAACCUAAAAACCAAUGAAGGAAAGAAAGGCAAGAAUGAGAGUACACCUAAAUCUUCAUUUCUAAAUCCACCAUAUAAACAAGGAGAAGAAGAAGAGAAAAGUAUGCUAGCAAAGUGGAAAAAAGAUGAUGUCGCUGCCCAGUACCAGAAAUCGGGUGUGUCGUCUAAACCUUCAGUUUCGGGUAUUAAGAGCAUUGACAUUACUAGAAGUGCAAUAACAAAAAAUAUGAAAGCAAAACACAGCAAAAGAAUUUCGAAAGAUAAAUCUGGAAAAAGUAAUGAUUUUGUGGUGAAUGGGAAAAAGAGUGAAACCUCAAAAGUUAAAAAAGAAGUGAAAACUGCAUCUGCUCCACCGAACUUUAAGGAACUUCUUGCAAUUGCAGAAAAAAAUAAGUUUGGUUUGAAAAGGACGAAAAGGGAAACAGAAACUGUGACAGGCGAGAAUAAGACUGAAGUGACAAAACUCAAACGAUGGCAUAACAGCAGUGGAGAGCAUGAGUUAACUGAAAUGGACGAAAAACAAUUGCCAAUCAAGAAUAAAGAGAAGGUAAAAGAGAAGGCUGUAAGUAAAGCAAAGGGAAAACAAAAAGAAUCACUACGGAAGACUGCAGUGGAACCAGAUAGGGACAGUUGCCACAAACAAAGAUCACAUGUAAAUGAAAGCUCGAAAACUUUAAAGAGAAUUAGAGAUUCUGAAACGUUAGAAAAGAAUGCCUUAAACAAAAAGCCUUCAAAACCUCUAAUUCAUCAUGCAAGACCGCAGGAAAGCAAAGAUAGGAUGAUGUAUGAACAAAAGAAUUAUUAUCCCAGACCGACACAUAAUUACUAUGAGGAAGAAGAAGACUCUGAUCUGGAUGGCUUUAUUGUCGAUGGAGAGGAUGAAGCAUGUGCAGAGCAAACUGACGUUUCGAAAUAUAUUAAAGACAUUUUUGGCUACGAUAGACGAAGAUAUGCUGUGGAAGACUUUGAUGACUCAGCCAUGGAAAGUAACUAUGGACAGAUUGAAAGAGAAGAAAAAAGAAGUGCAAAAAUUGCAAAACUUGAAGACGAAAUCGAGAUUCUUAAAGAACAAGCAGAACUCAAGCGGCUGAGAGACAACUUAAAAAAAUCAAAAAAGACAAGGAAAAAAUAAUUUGAUUCAUGAUGUGGCCAAACCAAAACGUCUUUUUCCUUGGAAAGUCCUUGUUUUGUGUGUUUGUGUUGUGCAAAAUGUCCUUGAAGUUGCAUUAUUAAUGACACUGGAUCUGAAAGCAAUUCAUUUGCCCUAUUUCAUAAUGACGUCACAUYAAAACAAACUAUUGUUUAUACGCUAGGGAUCAUGGUCGCUGGAGGGGGAUGGAAUGACAACAACACAUCUUAAAUCACAAUGAAAUUUGGUUAAUGAGCUGGUGAAGGCAAGAACAACUAUUACGUUAAAUAUCUUGAAAGAAGAGAAUUAAGAUUAAAUUUAGCCUAAAUUUCUAUCAUUUUAGCCGAUGUAAAGAAACUCUGACGUCAUUAUGAAAUAGGGUAAUUCAUUGAGAGUCUUCAUCACCAUGACUGCAGUUCAUGAUAUCUUGGAUUUAUAAACCUUUACACAUGUCUCUUCAGUAAUUUUUCCCAGAUGUGAGGUAUCUUGAUCCUGAUCCCGUCAUGAUUAAGAUCAGGUGUUUCUGUUCUGAUGUAGAUGACCUAUCAAACUCUGCAAUUAUUCCGAUCUUAGUUUUAUGCACCACAUAGAAACCUCACAUCUGGCCAUGAAAAUACCGUAAAAAUCUUUGAAAAAGAUUACAAAAUACUUCUGUGCACCAUGAUUUUAGUAGCUUCCGUAAGACUGUGGAAAACCCAAAGUACUUAGUCAAUUGUACCUUGAACCUGACGUUUCGCAGUCAAACAGAGUAAUGGACAACUGAUCAAACGUUGGAGAAUAUUGCGGCUUUUUCAUGUAGAAAACCAGGAAAACAUUCGUCAUUUAUACCUAGGUGAAGUUUAUAGGUGAAGUAAAUAUCAAAGAUGGCGGUUUACAUAAUAUUGACGGGGAAUGCAACUUUUUCAAACUUUUCGACAAUGCUACGUCAGGUUGCCAGGGCCACUUGGGUUGCCAGAGCCAGUUAAUGAGGCUAAAUUAUUGCUAAUUUAUACAUCCAGGUCGACACGGUCAAUGAGUAUCUACGCCGUCAUCUUUGAUUUCAGUACUCGAGUGAUUAUAUAAAUUUGUUCUUUGAUUUUA